UCCGCACGUGUAGUUUAUAAAUGAUCAGGACAUCUUGCCACAUGCUGGAAGAGAAAUGAAAACUUCAUGCUGUCUCGUGAGCUCGUGAGCGCGCGCUGGAGGCGGAGCUUCGAGGAAACUAAACCAGCACGUGCGCGAGAAACAGCGGCUCCUGUCAAGAGGAGCAGGUGAAGGAAGUCACCAUCGGAAAUGCGCUGCUUAUCGAUACAUUCAAACAUAAGCUUUUUACUUGAUUUAACUGAGUUAUGACCGGACAGGAAAAGGGGUGAUCGGAUUAUGGUGCAGUGAUGGAGAAGCCCCAGAAGACAGAGGAAGAGCAGCGGCCGUGCCCACAGGGGGCAGCACCUGAUGGUGGUUGGGGAUGGGUGGUGGUGGGGGCUCUUUUCGUGAUUUCUGCCCUGGUGUUUGGGCUCAUCCGCAGUCUGGGCGUCUUUUUUGUGGAGUUUGUGCAGUACUUUGAUGAGAGUGCACAGGCCGUGUCCUGGAUAACAUCCAUCGGGCUGGCCAUGCAACAGCUAAUGAGUCCAAUAGGCGCAGCUGCUAGUAAUGUGUAUGGAACACGUCCUGUUGUUAUGAUGGGAGGAUUUCUUUCAGGCCUGGGAUUCAUUCUGGCUUCACAGGCAACAUCGCUUUUACAUCUUUACCUGACCAUGGGACUAAUUUCAGGUUUAGGGUGGGCGCUGGUCUUCACCCCUACUAUGGCAUCAGUCAUGCAGUAUUUCACCAAGCGGAGAUCUCUAGCCAUGGGCCUGGGCUUCACAGGAGUUGGUCUUGCCUCCUUUGCCUUCUCUCCUCUUUUUCAGUAUUUAGUCGAAGCAUACGCCUGGCGUGGGGCCUUGCUCAUCCUUGGAGGCCUCAGCUUCAACAUGGUUGCUUGCGGAGCGCUCAUUCGACCUCUGGGGACUCCAAAAGUGGCAGUGAAGACUGAAAACUCGACCAAACUCAACAAAUGCUCAUUUCUGCUCUCCCGAAUCUACGAGUGCUUCGAGCUCUCUCUGUUGACACACCGGGGCUUCGUCACGUACGCCGUGGCCAUCACCUUCUUCAAUGCUGGCUACUUCAUCCCCUACGUUCACCUGGUUGCCCACAGUCGCCACAUUGGUUUCACCGAGUACCAGGCAGCCUUUGUGAUCUCUAUAACUGGAGUGGCAGACAUUGUGGGUCGCGUGGCUUCCGGCUGGGCCUCAGAUCUGGGCAAGAUACGUUUGCUCCACAUGCUGGUGGUGUGGACCGGGCUACUGGGCCUAUCUCUGAUGCUCAUUCCUGUGGCUGUGGUUUACGCUGGACUGCUGCUUGUCAGUAUAGUUUACGGAUUCUGCGCUGGAGCGAUGGCACCGUUGGCCUUUGCUGUGGUGCCGGAGAUUGUAGGAAUCGAGCGGGUGCUGGGAGCUCUUGGCCUCUUGCAGCUUAUAGAGAGUGCUGGAGGACUGUUGGGGGCACCAUUGUCUGGCUGGCUAAAGGACUCCACUGGCACAUACACAGUUUCCUUUAUCGCCGCUGGAAGUUUCCUCAUGAUAGGUAUGCUAAUUGCAAUGACUCUUCCUUAUUUUUGGUCUUGCACGGCUCCUCCAGCUCCUUCACCAUCAAAGAAGAAAUCUCAGGAAGGCUCUGCUGAAGACGGACUAAUCGGAGAGUCUACAUCCUCUAAUGCUAUAAAUGAAACGCUGUGCUCCGGGGAUCAUAUACCCUACUCAGAUGAGGAGGUAAAGGUCUGUUUAAGCAAUGAUGCUACACAUUCAGUGCAAGAACAAGAAGAAAUACCUCAGGAAAUGACGCAUCGUUCUAAUUUUGCAUAAAUAUUGUGAUUUUGUUAGCGGUGGCGAGCUUUAUAGUCGUUUAUUUGACAUGAUGUCAGAUAGGAUUUGGCAUUGGAAUAUUAGUUGUGUUAUUUUUUUUUGCAGUUCAUUUCUUAAGUACAUGUUAAUAAGAUUUUUCACAAUGCCACUAAAAUCUGUGAGGACAAUCAAACUAAGUUUUGGAGUUUCAAAAGCAGCAGUCACUUUACGUCUAUAUGUUAACUUAUGUCAGAUCUGCUUAUAUUUAUAAUUUCUUAAGUUGACACGCAGCAUGGUAAAACCAUGAUAUGCAACAAACUUUGUGCCAAAAAAACUUAAAUAAAAGGACAAUAUCAGCAUACAUCCUUAUCAUUCCUGUAUCUUUAGUAAUCUUGCUGUUCUUUUUGAUUACAUAACAAUGCUAGUACAGAGCUAGCACAGAUAUCACAGUCAGAUUAGUGGUCAGUGAUAUAAAUUUUAGUAUAAUGAGACGCUAUUAUGAUUAUAUUUAAUUGUAAUAUAUUUUCUGUUUCCAUGUUAAUAUUUUAGUUUCAAUGCAAAAAGAUCCCAAAGUUAGGAUUUGUACUCCUAUUGUCCAAAGACUUCAUUUGGCCAUGUCUGUUUCGUAGUAUUUGGAGGAUAUUGUACAGUAUGGCAUAUAUCAAACACCACCACACUGUACCGUUGGUCCACCACAUUACUUUUUCUAAGAGCAUGCUGGCAGAAAUGCUAUUUAUUUAUAAAUGACUUCUAUAAUAUAGUAAUUAAAGAUAUUUUGUAAGUCAUUGUGAUAUAUUUGACCUCAAACAGGAAGCUGAUGUGUACUUGUACAUCUUUAGGUUUGGGUGGAAUAAUUUACGUUUGUGGUUUAUGUUGCAGUUACUGAGGGGCUUUUUGUAUUUAUGACUAGUGAGGGCUGCUAGCAAGAGCUUGCUAGUCACUAAAACAAGCUUUAAAUGCUUAGUCAUUGUGUUUCUGAAAUGUUGUCACAUCAGGCUAUAUAGCAUGAAGGCAAAAUAUCUUCUUUAGCCAGUAAUGUUGCAAGAUGCUCUUCAGGUAAAAGGGCAGGAAGGCCAGUUAAUUGCUAACUCCACAAUUAGAAUUCUGCUCCUUAUUCUGUUACUCUUUUACACAGUUUUAGCUAAACUGUGAUUACUGAAUAACGUGCUUUGUAUUACCAACAUGACAUAGAUGUUGUUUACUUUGCUCACUUGUUAGAUUACAAACAAGCUAACUGCUCAGAGGUUAUCACUUCACAAAGCUAAGGUGAAAAGCACAACUAUUUCUUGUUUUGUGCUAGUUUUUGUACUCUAGUAAUAGCUUGUAAAACAAGCUAAAUGCUGUUAGGUACAAGGCUAAUCCUGUUCUGCUCUUUGUGUAAUGAUUACACUUUUUCUGUACACACACACACAACAUGCAUUGAUUUAGCUGGUCUGCUCCUACAUUGCAUUUAGAAAUAGGAUGAUCAAACUAUGAACUUUGGGACAUUGUUGCAGAUGUUUUUUUUUUUUUUUUUUUUUUGGCUAGUGAAAACUGAGGGCUUGUUAGCAAGAACUUGCAACACUAAAAACAAGCUAAACACCUUAACAUUACAUAUCAGACAUAUUGUCACAUUAAGCUAAGACAAAGGCAAAAACAACUUUGCUAGAGGUUAGUAUUUGCUAGCAGUAUGGCAAGCUGUACAUGUAAACGACAGUUAGCUAGUCUGGUGCAUAUGGAGAAAUAUAUGAUGAUUGAUAGGUGUACUUUGCAUUACUAGCUAAUAUAGACUUCAUUUUGACUAGGCUCUAGUCAUCACAUAUGAUAUUGUCACUUGAAGCAAUAGCUAAAAUAAAGGCAAGAGAAAUUCUUAAACCUGUAUGUUUGGUGCUAGAGGGUAGAAAUACCAAUAAAGGAAGGAAUGAGGAUGGGCUAAAUGCUAACACCUUCAGCCCAAUAUUAUUUCAUUUCUUGCACACCACUGACCUUAACUUCAGCUCAACUGUUUUUGAGUUGUUUAUCAAGAAAUAUGAUAUUUGAAAAAGGUUAUGGUGUCAUGGUGGCUCAAUGGUUAGCUGUCACCUCACAGCAGAGUCCCGGCUGGGUCAGUUGACAUUUCUGUGUGGAGUUUGCAUGUUCUCCCCGUGUUCACCUGGGUUCCUCCAGGUGCUCCAGUUUUCCCCAUAGUCCAAAGACUUGUGCAAUAGGCAAAUUGAAUAAACUAAAUUGGCUGUAGAGUAUGUAUGUGAAAGAGUAUGGGUGUUUCCUAUUGCUGGGUUGCAGCUGGAAGGGCAUCUGCUGUGUAAAACAUAUGCUGGAUAAGUUGGCGGUUCAUUCCGGUGUGGCAACCCCCCUGAUAAAUAAAGGAACUAAGCCGAACGAAAGUGAAUGAGUGAAUGAAUAUAAAAGGUUAUUUGUGCUGCUAGCAUUGACAUUAAUGUGUUGUUUGGCCAGUAAACCCUGAGGGCUUCACAGUAAUCAAGUCAGGUAUGUGUGACAUUAAGCAAUAGCUAAGACAAAAGGAAAAUAUUUACACAAACAAGCAAGUUGGCUUUAGAGGCUGCAUGGUAACUGCAUUCAUAUGAAGCUAAUUUAAUAUUAUGUCACUGUUUUGCACAUAACAUACAUUUGAUUUCAGCUGGCUUGUUGAUAGUCAUGAAAAUGAUGACUGAAAGAUAUACUUUUUGGUACUAAAACAAAGUAAUUUAGGCCACUGAAACCACAAGAACUGUUAGCAGGAACUUGCUAUGUUGAAAAUAGCAGUUAGCAACAUUGCUAUUACUAAUUAAUUGCUAUUUUCGACCUACGAGUUUUAACAGCUCUUGUGGUUUCACUAGAAAGCUAAAUGCUAACUUCAAAAACUUAUUCUGUUCUUCUCCUUGUGUUGAGCAUUAUUCUUUUUUCCUUUUUGUCUAAGCUGGUCUGUUCUUGCUUUUGGAGAAAUGUGAUGAUUGAAUUAAUGUACUUUGUAUUUACCAGCACUGUUGUAUAUUGGUGUCAUCUUUUCAGUUGCAUCAUGUAAUAUUCCAAACUGUGCAUAUUUUAUAGUAUUUUUGAAGAGAAUAUUGUGUGUUUCACUGUGAUCUUCCAGCUCAAAGUCUCAGAGAGAUUACUGACAUACAUUUUCCAGUGUCACUAAUUUAAAUUCAUGUAUAAAUCAUUGACCAAAGUGCUGCACACUGAAGCCUUUAUGUUGCACAUUAAAUUAUUUAAAGUGUUUACUGUGCACAAACUGGUGUAAGUUUAGUCUUGCUAAUCCUCUGCUUCCCAUGGGAAACCCUUGAAUAGUCAAUGAUGUUUUAAGACGCACUCCUUAUAACACCACACACGUGAGCCUUAAUCUCCAUAGACCGAGUCAAUGAGCUCUGCCACUGCCAGACUUUACUUUGUUUAAAGACUUGACUUUCUCAUGUCUUUCUCAUGACUGUUAUUGCCUUCAGAUGCACUGUAGUUAUGCAAUUUUACAAUGCAGUUUGGCCUGUAGAUGUCAUUUUGCCUCAGUACAGUCUAUCUCCAAAUAACAUUUAGCAACAUUUCAUCAUCUGACCCUUUGAACUUUAUAGCUUUACGCUGUGCAGGUUGACUUUUGAUCUAAUUUAAAGGUUGAAAAGACCUCACUGUGCGAGCCAAUCGGGUAGUUUCACCUUUUAGCACAGUACCAGCCAACAUCAUGUGCCUGUUACGCUUUAUUUUUCCAGGAAAGCACAUAACAAGACAGCUGGGUUUUAUUGGAACAAUGUUUUAAUGUCGUCAAUAAAAAUGCUAUGUCUGUUUUCUACACUUUAU